AUGAGCAUGAUCACACAAGGAUUAUCCAAUAUUAAGGAUGACAUAUAUAUAUAUAUAUAUAUAUAUAUAUAUAUAUAUAUAUUUUUAUAUUUAUAUAUAUAUAUAUAUAUAUAUUUUUUUUUUUUCAACCUCUCCAUCUGCCACGCGCUCCGUAACAAUUGCAGCUCCAGCUCCAGCUCCAUCUCCGCCGCCACCUUCCACAGCCUCCUCGUCGCCGAUGAGCUCCGACCCAUUGUUGGAUCCAAGCGAGACAUCAUCUACUCCCUCAUCCACAUAAUCAAAACCCCCAAUUCGCCUCCGAGAUCGAUCAAGGACGCUCUCAAAGCCCUCUUCGGAGUCGCUCUCUACCCUCUGAAUCGGAGCUCGCUGAUCGAGAUCGGAGCUGUUCCGCCGCUGUUCUCGCUCGUUGUGAAGGAUGGCAGGGUCGGGAUCGUUGAGGAUGCGACAGCGGCGGUGGCUCAGAUCGCUGGGUGCGAGGAGAGCGAGGAGGCGUUCUUGAAGGCUAAAGGUGUUGGGGUUAUGGCGGAUUUGCUGGACCCUUCGACGGGUUCGAGCUUGAGGACGAAGGAGAAUGCGGUUUCUGGGCUUCUGAAUUUGGGGAGGUGUGGAGGUGAGAAGGUUGGGAAGGAGGUGAGAGAGAUGGGUUUGAAAGUGCCUCUUUCCAAACACUGGAGUCCAAUUCUAUAUGCAAUUUUUUUGGAAUUGCGAUUUUCAGUUAGAAAUUUGAUUGCAUGUUUUAAUGCAUGAAGUUGAGCACGAAAAUUUUCAUACCGCGUUAAAUGUUUUAUUAAGAUAUAUAAUAUGGUUUAUGAUAUUAUGGAGGACAUGCCCAACCCCAAAAUUUAUUGUGAAGCUCAAAAUCUUCCUUUCUUUGAGCAAAAAAGCAGUGUCCUUAUAUGCGUGUGCUAAACAGAAAAAGACGGUCAAAUUUAUGGGUUUGUUUUUUUGGCUGAGCUUGUGAUUUUGUCUGUGACUCGCUCAUUCUUCGCGAGCUGUUGGAUUUUUUAUUUUAUUUUUUUUAGUAUUAUGUGUAUUAAAUCAUGUUCUGUGUUACAUGUAUUCUGGUCAUAUGUUUAUAGGUGUUCAGUCUCAAUUGGUAUGCUUUUGUCCUAUUUAAAAAGAUUUACAUUAUGUCUAUCUAAUUGUCCCACAGAAAGUGAUAAAAAAAAGGCUGUACUUGAAGUGGUCACAUUUUUUUGAAUUUCUUUAAUCUGUAAGUUUA